CUGGUGGAUCUUUUUCGGGUGGUUAAUGAGCUUUCGCGGGACUAUGGCGGACGGUUGUUUGGGUAACACCAUAUGUAAUGCGUCAACUGUUCCACUAGGUAACUUUGGUUCCAAGGUUCCUUCCGUUUCCAGAUCCCUCUUCAUGGCUACGCGCUCGUCAGCUAUCCAUGCUCAAUCCUCUGCAAAUCCUAAGCAACGUUCCUUGCUUGUUUUCUCAGGUGGAACUGCAUUUAAUGGUGUUGUGGAAGAGUUGAAAAAGUUAACAACUCGUGUUUCACAUGUUCUCCCUGUCUCUGAUGAUGGAGGAAGUACAGCUGAGAUUGUUCGAGUGCUUGGUGGUCCUGCUGUUGGAGACAUAAGGUCAAGAUGUUUAAGAUUGUCAGAUGAAAGUACUUCUGAAGCUCUAGCUGUGCGAAGAUUGCUUGGUCACCGCUUACCUCUUGAUGCUUUAGAAGCCAAAUUAGAAUGGUACAAAAUUGUAGAUGGAGAGCAUUCUUUAUGGAAAGAUGUAUCAAAACCCUACAGGGAAACAAUUCAAGCUUUUCUGGUUUAUUUUCAAAAUCAGAUUCUUCGACGGUCAAGUGAAUCUUUCUGUUUCAGCAAUGGCAGCAUCGGAAAUUUCUUCUUUGCAGGGGCACGCAUAUUCUUUCAAUCUUUAGAUGCUGCAAUAUUCUUGUUUUCACGUGUUUCAGAUAUCCCGUCCGAAAGUCUUGUUCUCCCUGUGAUUACUACUAAUGACAGGCUUACAUUGGGAUGUGAAUUAUGGGAUGGAACUGUGAUACGUGGUCAGAAUGAAAUAUCUCAUCCAACCAGUGGAUCUAUAGAACCCAUAAAUAAGGAAAACUCCAAAGUUUCGACACUGCCUUCAAGAAUAAAGAGAGUGUUCUACAUGUCGAGUGAGGGAAAAAAUUUGCUGCAUGAGGUCUUCCCUGAAGCCAACCCUUCUGUUCUGGAUCAGCUGAGUAACGUUGACUGCAUAGUCUAUGCAAUGGGUUCACUAUUUACUUCUAUCUGCCCCUCACUGGUCUUACUCGGCAUUGCAGAGAUCAUUUCCUCAAGGUCUUGUCCCAAGGUCCUAUUGUUGAAUGGCUCGCAAGACAGAGAAACCAGCAGCUUCUCUGCAUCUUGUUUUGUAACCGCCAUUACUGAUGCUUUAAACAGAAAAUAUGGAGAGCCUCAAAACUGUCUCAAUAAUCGUCCGAGUGAAUACAUCAAUGCCUUGUUGGUUCCUAAGGACGGUGAAAUUCCUGUAGAUACCAACUCUUUGGCUGCCCUAGGAAUUUUUCAUGUGAUAAUGGUUGAUUCCAUACAUGAUCCCAAAGGUGGAAUUGUUUUUGACCCGAAGUCUUUAAUUCAAGCUCUUGCGCAUUUGAUUGACAAUCAAAUGAACAUACAUGAUAACGGGGCUUUAUGACCAUUUGGGGCGUUCAGGACCAUGUGGGGGAAAUUGUAUGAUAUCUGAUCCUCACCUUUCAGGUGGAUUAUUUUUCAGGUCUUCCCAUCCAAACCAUCUUUUAUGAUAUAAAUGAUUAAAUGUACUUGCAGUGCAGGUAUUUCUUUCAGGUUUCUCUCAAGAGAAAUGUGGAACCUAGUCACUUUUGAGGAGCUGUUCCAUCCUUUUCUUCAUCAGAAACCAAAAGCAGCAUUGCAGUUGUACUAGAAAUCUUUGAAGGAAAACAAUUAAAUUGUAUGUAAAGUAUGGCUACCAUUCUUAUGUGUAUUUUUUAGAUAUUAUUAUUUUUUGUAGUAUGGCUACCAUUCUUAUGUGUAUUUUUUAGAUACUAUUAUUUUUUGUAGCGCAGCUAUUAGUUUAUACAUUGUGAUUGUAGAAAUCAUGUAGAACGGGAACUUUGAAGGAUUUGGUAGUUGUGGGGCCGACUUUUUUUUUUGGCUUUUUUACAUUACCAAAACAAUUGUAUUUAUGUAUAUGGGGUUGCCAUUUUAAUAUGAAAACUAACAAUUUCUGUUAA